GCCGGUGUGUAGAGUUUCUGCGGUAGGUAAACAGAAAACAAAACCGCGUGUUUUUGAGCAGCUUCCACACAACUGUCAAAAUCGUUUCAAGUUCGUGCGUUUACGGUCGAUAAAACACGUGCUGAACCCCCAUCAAAUUGGCACCGCAUCAACCCACAAAGAAAAUGGCCGUCAAGAGCAAGGGAAAGAAGCCGGCGGCGGCAAAACCCGCCCAGCAGAAGCAAAAACCAGUCAAGAAGGAACGUCCGGAGCCUAAGGCCGUCGAGGAGGAGGAGGACGAGUCCGAGGAGGAGCCAUCCUUCACCGCGCCCAAGGCCGGCAAGCUGCUCAAGGUGAAGCCUGAACCGGAAGACAGUGACGAUGACGAUGAGGAGGAGGACGAGGAUGAUGAUGAAGAAGACGACGAGAUGGAAGAGGACGAUUCCGAGGAGGAGGAGGAGGAAGCUGACGAGGAGAUGCCAGCGGAAGCACCCAAAAAGGCGGUGAAGCGCAAGGCGGAAGUCAAAAAGGAACCUGCAGCAGCCAAGGGUGGUGACGACGACGACGAGGGACUCCACAACACCGUAUUUGUAAGCCACAUUUUCAACGUCAAGAACGACGUUCUGACGGAAUACUUCGCCAAAGCGGGCGAAAUUCAUUCGAUCCGGAACCUCGCGAGGAAAGGUUACGCCUUCAUCAGGUUCAACGAGGCCGCAUCGGUCGAGAAGGCGCUGGCCAUGGACGGACAGGACUGGAACGGCAAGAACAUUAUCGUUCAGGCUGCCAAAUCGAAAAAGUCCGACGCGAAAAAGAGGAAAAAUGAGGAAAAGCAGGCAGGGCCAAAGGCGAAGAAGGCCAAGGCCGGUGGCAAGAUCGUCAGCUUGAAGACGGCCGGACCCAAGCAGAAGGGCGGCAAGCCCAAAACGCCGCAGCAGUCGAACCCCAACAAAAAGAAGAACAAACCCAAACCGGGCGCGUUUGUGAAAGCUACCUAAAUUAAGUCUUAAGCAAAAUCUUGUUGUAUAAUCGUAUAUUAUAUUACAGAGCUAAGAACAUCUAUCCAACUACAAUAAAUAUAUGCGUAAAAAUAACAAACAAAAA